CGGCGCACGUAGGGCAAGUACACGCGUGCGCAGCAGGCGAGCAGCUCGGCGGGCGCUGCUGUGGAAGAGCCAGCCGAGGAGCGGUCGUUUUUGUACCUUCCCGCGCGUAGGGCGGUGCAGCCAACGCAAGGGCGGGUCAGGGCGUGAUUAGGUGGUGCAGGUGCGAGGCGUCAGGAGGGCGGGGCUUAAGAGCUCCGCCCUGCCGGCUGGUUGGGUGUGGCCCACAGGCUCUGCUGCCAUGAAGGUGAAGAUUAAAUGUUGGAAUGGCGUGGCCACUUGGCUCUGGGUGGCCAAUGAUGAGAACUGUGGCAUCUGCAGAAUGGCCUUCAACGGCUGCUGUCCUGACUGUAAGGUGCCUGGCGACGACUGCCCCCUGGUGUGGGGCCAGUGCUCGCACUGCUUCCACAUGCACUGCAUCCUCAAGUGGCUCAACGCGCAGCAGGUGCAGCAGCACUGCCCCAUGUGCCGCCAGGAGUGGAAGUUCAAGGAGUGAAGUCCAUCCCCUCCUCCACCUGACCCCGUUCCUCACCCUGGGACAUGGCGCAGUCCCCCUUGGGCUGUGACAGAGUUGAAACAAGGACUGGAGCCUCCUUUGUUUUUUUCAUCACAAUGCUGACACUUUUAUCCAAUAAGUAAAACUCAUUAAAGCACCAAACCUUGCUGGAGGCCUCUGGGCAUCUGUUCUUGACAUACUGAUGCGGCUGUGGUGUGUUUUGAUAUGAAAACACUCAUGAAUAAACAUUCCGAUGAGACCCUCAUCAGAGCUUGGUUCA